UGUUCUCUCUGAACCGAAAGGUUCCAAUCCUUUCUAGAGAGUUCUAUCUCUCUCUUUUCUCUCUAGAUCGUGGUGUUCCAGCCCUCUCCUUCUUAGCGCAAAUUUUUGGUCACCGAUAGUGUAUGCAUGAGUUCAUCUUGGCUGGCUUGUGAGCUUGGGUUCCAUCGUUAGUCCUCCAACCCCUUUGUGGCUCUUUACCGUUUUCACCAUCGUUAGUCCUCCAACCCCUUUGUAGGUCUUUAUCGAUUCAUCAAGGGUUUUCUCAGUAUCUGAAGUGGAUCCGAUUGUGCUGUGUAGAUCUUAGCCCUUUGCCGUGGGUCCAAUAGUGCUGGAGUGAGUAUAGUUUUGUAGUUGGUUGGUUUUCGGUGAUUAAUCUUAGCCCUUUGCAAUCUCUUUGAAGAUCUUGUGCUGAAGGUGUGGGUGAUUGAAGCCCCCAGAGGCAUUUUUGUGGGAUGAAUUUCUGGCAAGUGGGGUUACUCCUAGAGUUGGUGUGAUUCGGCCAAGGGGGUUUCCAAGCAAUCAAUGAGUAUUUUAUAUGAUUUGUGUUUAUUUAUGUGGUUAUCAGAAGUUUGAUUUUGGGACUUUCCCUUUGUAUUGGGUUUGCUUAAUGCUCUGGUUGUACCCUUGUAUCAUUUAAACUUUUUUGGAUAUGUUUUAAUGAGGGUUUUAGGAUGGAAUUGCCGAGGGCUUGGGAACCCUCGAUCAGUUCGAGCAUUAUGCAGUUUGGUGCAACAAUGGGAUCCCGAUUUUGUUUUCUUAUCGAAAACAAAACUGAAAAAGAACAGUAUGGAUAAAAAGAAGGGGAGUGUUGGUUUUAUUAAUGGGUUAGUUGUUCCUAGUCAUGGAAGAAGCGGAGGUUUAGCUCUUUUGUGGAGGAAGGAUAUUAGUGUUAAUGUUCAAAGUUAUUCAGAUAGGCAUAUUGAUGCCAUUGUUACUGAAGGUUUAGGGUUUAAAUGGCGGAUUACCGGGUUCUAUGGAAAUCCUGAGGGUCAUAGAAGGAAGGAGUCAUGGGAUUUAUUAAGGGUUCUUAAUAGAAAAUUUCAGCUUCCCUGGCUUUGUUUUGGGGAUUUUAAUGAAAUUGUUUCCGCUGCGGAGAAAAUGGGGGGAGCUCGAAGAUCUCAGAAGCAGAUGGAUGAGUUUAGGGAAGCAAUUAAUUGUUGUAGAUUCAUGGACCUUGGGUUCUGUGGUCUAGAGUUCACUUGGUGCAAUAUGCAAGAGGGAAGGUAUAGAAUGUAUCUUCGGUUGGAUCGUGCUCUAGUUACGCAGGAAUGGAUUGAUAAUUUUAGGGACAUGAGAGUGCACCAUCUUGUGGAAACUACUAGUGACCAUUGUGCACUCUUAAUCACUGAUUCCUUUGCUCCGCAAAGCCCCCGGAAGAGAAGAUUUCAGUUUGAAGCUAUGUGGACAAGAAGAGAGGAUUGUAGAGAUGUUAUUAAGGAGGCUUGGAUUGGAAGUGUGAGAGCUAAUAACCCUAGUGAUAUAGUGGCCGGUCUUAAAAGAUGUGCAGAUGAACUUUCAAGAUGGAACAAAACGGUUUUUGGCCAUGUCCCAAGACAGAUUCAAAAGAAGAGGAAUGUUUUAAAUAAUCUGGUCUUAAGGGAUCAGAAUGGAAGGAAUGGAAGGGAGAUAAACAAGAUCAGAAAGGAGAUUAAUGAGUUGCUGGACUGUGAGGAAGUUAUGUGGCAACAAAGAUCAAAAGUUCAGUGGAUGGGUCUUGGAGAUCGCAAUACAAAAUACUUCCAGGAGGAAAAAGAAAAACACAAUCACCAGACUGUUGGAUGAUAUGGGGGUCUGUAGAGAGUCUACUUUGGGUGUGGUAGAAGUUGCUGUAUCUUAUUUUGAGAAGCUUUAUACGACAUCUCAUCCGGAUAGAAUUCAGGAGGUUAUUGACACUAUGGAAUCAAAGGUGUCUAUUGAGAUGAAUCAAGAUCUUAUUAAGCAAUUCACUAAGGAAGAAGUUGAAGUAGCCUUAAAACAAAUGCACCCAACCAAAUCCCUCGGCCCAGAUGGUGAGUCGGUUAGAUAAUGAAGGUUAUUAUGGAGGUGUACGAUUGCUUAUGGCAAUUUGUAGAGUUUUCCAUAAUUAUUGCAAGGAUAACAAGAUUGAUCUUCAUGAAGGCAAUUUCACUCUACCAUAUGACACUAAUAUCCCUCGUCAGACAGGACUUUCAGGUUCUAGUGCUAUUGUAUGUGCUGCCUUAAGCUGCCUUCUUGACUUCUACAAAGUUAGGCAUUUGAUUAAAGUAGAGGUCAGGCCUAAUCUUGUCCUCGCUGCAGAGAAAGAUCUUGGAAUUGUUGCUGUUCUCCUUAACCCAACUUAACACCAUGUAACUUGGGGUUCUAGUUAACUAAACAGGCAAAGUCUCUUGUUGAUGAAUAAGAGAUUUGCUCAUGUA